GCCUCGCAGCGAAGACGAAAGUCAAAUUAGCAGCAGGCCAGCACGGCAGCACCAGCCGCGGCCGCCGCCGGAGUCGGAGAAGCUGAAGCGGCAGCUCGCCCGCCUCUGUGACCUCGUUUCCACCUGCGGACCUGCCUGCUCCCCCACCUCGUAAGCAAGCAACUCCACACGCAGGCCUUAGUCUCCUGCAAGCCCCAGGCCGCCCUGCGCACCGCAGGAACCCGGGCCGUCGCCGCGGCGGCAGCUGGCGCGGAAGGACGAGAAGCACCUCCUUCUCGGGCUCUGCACAGUGAAUAAGACGAUUCGACGAUGGGAACAGGAGGAGCGAGGAUGUGAAUUGGAUAAGAGUCGCAAAUCCACCGCUAGGAGCGGAGCAGCAAAUGGCGCCGCCGCCGGAGUGGCAGAAGCGGCGGCUCACCCGCCUCUGCGACCUCGUCGCCGCCUCCCUUCUCCCCCACCUCGAAGCCGAAACAUUGCCGCCACGUCAGCUCACGCGGGAGGACGAGCGGCGCCUCCUCCUCGUGCUCUCCAAGGUAAACAAGGCAAUUCUAGGAUGGAGCCAGGAGGAAGAGGAGGAGGAGCAGCGACGAUGUGAAUCCGAUCAGGAAAUUUUUUCAUGUUCCGGAGAAGUUCAUAGUUGUUGUUUACCACCUGGACAGCAUCCACAUGAUGGAUUUGGCUGCCUGGCAAAUGUGGUCUCCAUAUUGGUUGGUGUCCUUGGUUUCUGCAGUGGCUAUGUCAAACACUCAGCUGGCAAUGUUCUGGUUUCCAUAUCCAGUACCCUAAUUAAGUUUGAUUCUAUUUGGAUUCAGUUUAUUGAGCUUGUCUGGGCAGCUAUACAUGCAGAAUCAAAAUGUGUUCAUAACGCUUUACAUUCUACAACUGACUCCAACAAUGAGGAUAUUACUAGUUCAAGCACCAGUAUCACAAGCUUCAUGAUAGUACUUAAUGAGCGUUGUCUCGAUAUCAGUGAGCAAACCAUGUCCAGUCUCUUUCGAGUAUUACAUGCUAUCUUAAAGUUCCUUAAACACAGCGACAGUGAACUGAAAGAUGACUUCAUUUGUCUGUCCAUUCAUCAUAUUCAGAACAUGCCUUCGGUUACUUUCCAUCCAUUACAUACCGGAGAAAUUGUCAACCGUGUCAAGGAUAGCAGAUUUGGCUUCUGUAAUGAUUCACUACACUCUGGAAUUCUGACAGGCAGUCUUCUCCAGCUACUGUGCUCAUUACUUGAGCAAAGUUACCUGGAAGGUACAGAUGGACAAGAUAUGUAUGUGAAACUCGUGGAUAUAGUUCCCAAGAUAGCAGCUUCCUUACAGGAGCAACAUGAUGGCUCCAAAAGUCUUUAUCAGUACUUAAAGCACAAAAUUCUGAUGGUAAUGAUGCGGCUAAAACCUUACAUGCAGCAAGAUUGCUCACGUAUUGUUUGUUAUCUGAAAUUACUUCGACAGUACUUUCAUGACCUUCUUCAUGAACCUAUCUCGCAACAUAUUGCUAAACUAGAUAAUUGUUUAGAAGGUUCUCCAUUUUUACUGAACAUGGUAGAUUUAGUCGAGAGUCAGGAUAAGUCAACUCGGCACCUGCAAAGGCAAGCUAUCUAUUUGUUCCUCAGUUUUUCCAUAUGUUUGUCUUACAACAGAAACGAUGGUACACUUCAAUGUUCAUGCAAGAGGGAUGAUUGUUUGUUGGGUCACAAGGUGCAAGGCUGCAGUGAUCACUGCAGCUGUUCUGGCUUAUCAGAAAUUUCAGACUGGUUUCAAAGAUGUUACUUAGACAUGAGUUUUGAUUCAAAAUCAUCAACAGAUAUUGCCUUAUCCUUUCUGGCAUUGUAUAUGGAGGAGGAUGACAUGCUAUUCAGUAUUCUCUUACAGCUUUUUGAUGCUCCACACAUUUUCCUGAAAAUAGAUAGCAUAAAUUCUACUGAACUGAUUGGUGCAAAACUGUUCUCAAGUAUUUUCGACCCAGUUCACCUAUUCCAUCUGUUGCUUUUGCUGCUGCACUAUGAUCACAUGGUACUUGUUGAUUACCUCAUAUCUAAAGAUGUUGGUGUGCAUUGUGCUCAGUAUCUCUUAAGGUGCUUACGCUUGGUUUCCCAGUCUUGGCAUGCUUUUGUUGAUGAUUCCAUGUACUUGACAAAAAUAGAAAAGAUUGACUGUAAAAGGCAGAGGACCUCCAGGGAUAUAAGUAGUGCCAGAGCCAGCUCAAGUAACGAGUAUAAGAAUGGUUCUGGUUGUGAUAAAGAAGCCAAGAAUUCACAGAAGCUUUUCCUCGAUGCUAAAGUAUGUCUUUAUUCAUUAAAGAGAACAGUGGAAGAUCUGCAAAAGAAGGGUUUGUUCCCUUACAACCCAAAGCCUCUCCUUAGAAGCUUGGCCAGGUUUGAGGAGCUGUGUGAGCAGGGAUGAAAUUUGAGUUGCAUAUGGUGAAAAGCUACUAUUUGUAAGGUUGAAGAGUGGCAUUUUGGUAAUCAGAUAGUUAUGUUGCCUUCGUCAGUCAUUAUUUGGUUCGGUUUGAUUUAUAUAUUUGGUAAAAUUGAAAUGUAAAUGCAUCUUCCCAUCCAUGCUCUGAUCUAGAACUUGAAUUGACUACCACUUUUAUGUAAGUUGCCUGUGAGCAUGAUGUUGAAUGUCAUGUGAUGCUCCAUACAUGGAGCAUUUCAGAAAUUGGCAAGAGAAAGAUGGACACAGGAGAGAGAUGCAUGGUUGCGUGCGGUGGAUUUUGGCCCAUGACUUCAGAAGAACACGAUUUUGUUACUAUGAAGUCUUUAAAUAUAGGCAAGAAGUGGUAUAUCAUAAGAUCCACACGAUGUACACACCUUUGGAUUGCAUAAAAGGAGCUAAUAUUGAUUAUUAUAAACUGAAGGAAAAUGUUCAGAGUCAGCUGGAUAUAACGAGAGCAUGGGCAUGGUUCAUCUGGAGGAACCUGGUAGCAUAUCAUCUGGAGGAAGCUGGGCAACUGCAGACCAUAAAAGACAUUGUUUCACCCUAUGCAAGACAGAUUGUUCCCUCCAAAACAGAGGCAAUUCUUUUGGGCAUCUUCUAUAUGAUACAUGCUAGCUUUAUCCAACUAUUUGCAACAUUAAGUAAACGAAUAUCUGAAGGGUUAUUUGAACUACAAGUUUUGCAGCUCUUGCUCUUUAGACUAACCCCAAUAGGAGGUUUCAUGUUGUUGUUUCCAAGGCGUAUAUCAGCAAGAAGGUAAUGAAUUGGUAUAUGAAACUACCCCUCCAAUGCAAAUCUUUUAUGUUUUUGUUUCAUAAAUUCUGCAUAAGGUUUAAAUUCAUGACUUGUCAAAAAUUGUUAUCUGUAUCUAAUUGGUUCUGUUCAGAUGAAACUGCUUCCUUC